GCUCCGUGUUCGGUCAGGUCUAAACCGCAGUUAGCUUUCUCAAAGGUUCAACGCUGACUUUAUCUUCUACUUAAUAAGUUUACUUAACAAGUUACCGUUGGUUGUUACACUUUGUUAUCAUUAUGAUAGUUACAUUAAGUUAGGAAGUUUGCUACUUGUAACUGUCCCGUAACUGACGUACGAACGUUAGCUAACAGCUAAGCUAACCCUCCUAAACUCGGUGCAGUUUGACUAGCUAACCGUUUUUAGCUCCCGACUGGUGUGCUCCAGGGACCUGCUACUUUUUGUAAAAACAAGCGAUAUUCACCAGGAUGUCUGACAUGGAUGAAGAUGCAAUGUUGUCAGAUGUCGAGGGAGAGGAAGAAACACACCAGGAAGAAGCCGGAGAAGAAGAGAAGGUACAGGUUUGCCAUUUGACCCAAGAAACCAUAAGUCAGGGGCUCUCAUUGCUGUGCCGAACAGGAAAUGGACUUGGACAUGCAUUUAUCAAAGUGGACUUAAAAGACAAAGGACUGAAUGACAUAGCUGCAAUCAGCAAUUAUACUCACCUACGUUUCUUGGAUGUAUCCAACAACCACCUCAUUGAUCUUUCUCCUCUGGCAUCUCUGACUCAGCUGCUCUGGCUGAAGGUUGACAAUAAUGCUGUGGCAUGCUUCAAAGGGCAACCUUUCGCUCAGCUGACCUUCCUGCAGUGGCUGAGUAUGGCAGUGAAUCGGCUAACGGGCCUGGACGGCCUGGUGGGGCCUGCACUGGAGAGCCUCAAUCUUACAGGUAAUGGCAUUCAGAGAGUGAAUGGUCUCCAAGGUGCCUGUUUUGCCAACCUGGUAACUCUAGAGCUGAGGGGAAACCAGUUGGAUACCACUGAUGGCAUCAACCUUCCCAACCUGCAGCGAUUAUAUCUGGCCCAAAAUGUUAUCAAGCAUCUGGAGGGUUUAGAGAGGUUGGAGCGCCUCACCACCCUUCACCUUCGAGACAACCAGCUAGAUACUCUGAAUGGCCUCAGCUCCAACAUGAAGUGUCUCCAAUAUCUCAAUGUCAGAGGCAAUGCAAUCAUAGAGGAGAAUGCCCUGCAAAGCCUUGCACUCGUGUCAAAAACGCUGCGAGCCUUGGUCCUCUCUGAGAAUCCGCUUGCGGAAACAACGGACUACCGGCUGAGUGUACUGAUGCUCCUGCCACAGCUGGAGCGACUUGACAAAGAUCCCGUCUCUCCCGAGGAGAGGACUGAGGCCCAGGAGAGACUCAAGGAACUUAAAGAAGAGGAAAUAUCUGAACCCUAAGAUUUGAAAUGGUGGCAAAAAUGAGGAAGUGUUGGACUUCCUUGAAAACACAGUCCUGGUGUAUAGAUAGGUGACAGUGAUUGUGUUGCAUGAAAUGCAUACCUUGACAGAAAACCUCAUAUGAUGCACUUAUGUGUGCAUUAGGGAUGCUUGUGUCAUGUUCUUACACUAUGAGAGCCUAUUUUUUAAACAAUAAAAUAGUGAAAAUGUAUUUUUUUCUGAUUGAUAUUUACCAAUGCAAACAGCUAAGCUUAAAAAGCAAAGUGUCAGUGACUUAGGAAUAAGAAAUGAGGGAGUACAUGAACCUUGUUGCAUGCUGUACAAACUCUCCUUUGUUUCCCUGAGUAAGGAUGAGAGAGCAAAUUCUGCCACCAUUUCCCUAUUGGCAGCCAUCCAGCUACAGCUUUAAAGAGACAGUGACAUGCAAAAAACAUGUAUGGAAAAUCACCACAUGCACACCGAGGUAUUUUGUCCAUAUAAGUACAAAGAGUGUGCAAAUUACACAAAAAUUACAGUUAUUUUCAGAUUAAUAUUAGUAAUUAAGUUAUGAAUAUUUCCAGGCCUUACCUUCAUACUGUUGCCACAACCCGGAAGUUACCUCAGUGAA